CGACAGCAAAAAUGAACGGUGCCCGCUGGAAAUGAAUCUAAAUAUUUAAAAGUACAGAAUUUCUAGCAAGAUGGAUGAUCCAAGAUUUGAGUGGAUCGGCAAACAAGUGUCACUGGCACUGGACAUUAAAGAAAAUGACGUGUUUGAAGAUCUUCUUGAAAGGGAUGACGGAGAGCAGGAACGUGAACUUGGAAAGUUUCUGAACGAUACACCAGAGGAACAUGAAUCUUCUAUUCUUUUCUAUAAAAUCAUACGAGAAGAGGAAGAAGAAGUUGAAGUAGAAUGCGAGCCAGAAAUCCCCAGCAUAGAGGAGGAGGAAGAUGCUGGAGAGGGAGAAGGUGAACAACAAGGGGGUGAGGGGGAAGGAGAAGGUGGCGACCAACCCCUCCCUGUGUCCUCACCAACAGGCACUGGUGAUGGAGAAGAUCAAACACCCAGAAAGGGCACAGGUAAAAAAAGGAAGAAGGGGAAGGACACACCUACUAGUGAUGAACAGAAGGACGAAGAUGCUACCAAGACACCCGUCCCUGAAGGAGAGGCUGCAGCUGCUGAAGGAGAGGAAGAAGGCGAGGAAGAUGAACAAGAAAACAAGUUACCCAAAACUAAAAUCAUCAAACAGAAGGUGAUGCGUACCUACCUGUACAUGUGUUAUCAACAUCUGCCAGAGGAGUUAGCCGACCAGGACUGUGUGUACUUCCUGAGGAACACCCCAGGAAUGGUACCUCUCCCCAACAGUGUCGACGAGGCAGAUGAGACGCUGCCAUCGUAUUUCGAGAUCGGUAUCCUCAAUGGACACUCCCUUGUCAUGCUGGAACAGAUCAUCUCACAAGUCUACAUGCCACUGUUGUCCUAUAAUCAACAAAGAAAUGGUGAGGUACGGACUAAAGAGGUAAGUCCACCCAGUCGGACUGACACACAAACAUCUGUAAAAACUGAUGGUGAUGGAGAAGGGGAUGAUUCUAAAGACAAGGUCAAUGUGGCUGAAUCUCGUGCUAAGGCCCUGCUGCGUGAUGAAUUCCUUAUCAACAUGCAAAAAUUUGCCUCCAGCAUUAACCGUACAAUACAGCAAAUUGAAGGUGAAGUUCGACUUGAUAUCCCAGAUAUUGAAAUCAGUGACAAUGUUGAAGAAGUGCUUGCUAAUAAUGACUUGAUGCAAACGAUCAGAGAAACAUGUGGUGACUGGGCCAAACGGAUCAGAGGUGCUUUAGAGACACAGAUGAAAAAGGUACCCCUAGGUAAAGGACCCCUGGCCGAGAUUGAUUUCUGGCGAGAAAGAAACGCAGCUCUAAGUGCACUGACAGAACAGCUGAAGAUUCCCAAGGUUGCACAGAUGCUGGAAGUGUACAAUCAUGUGGAGAAUGACUUUGAUGACAUCAAAUCAGAACUCAAUAAACUUUAUGUUGAGGCUAAAGACAAUGUCCGUUUUCUGUCAACAUUGGAGCGUCACUUCAAAAACAUUACCCAUGGUGCAACAUUUCAGGUUGUCAUAGAAACCAUUCCUUCAAUGAUGAAUGCUCUGCGUAUGGUAUGGAUAAUCUCCAGACAUUACAAUAAGGAUGAACGGAUGGUACCACUGAUGGAGAGAAUUGCAUGGGAGCUUGCGGAACGUGUGGCACGUGUCAUCAACAUCAGGACAAUAUUCAAAGAGGGUACUGAGGAGGUGAAGAGGAAAACUCAGGAGGCGAAAAAAAUGUUACUCGUGUGGAAAGAAUCCUACUUUGAUGUCCGAGCGAAGAUUGAGGCGUCUGGCCGUGACCAGCGGUGGGAGUUUGACAGAAGGAAACUAUUUGAGAGAACAGAUUAUAUGGCUAGCAUCUGUCAAAACUUCUAUGACGUAGCAGAGGUACUUGAGGAGUUCUAUAACAUCUUUGGGCCAGAACUAAAGGCAGUGACCGGAGAUCCAAAGAGAAUUGAGGAGGUGCUACUUCGAGUGGACGCUCUAGUGAAACCUCUUGAGGAGGUCAGUUUUGACCCCUUCAUGACAAACUACAAAGCCUCUUGGCGGUCUGAAAUCAUGGACAAAUUUGACAAACAAGUGGCUUCCAUCGACGGUGAAGCCAUCAUGUUUAUUGACGAGUCAUUCCAGUCCCUGAGGUCAGCUGAAGGGGCAUUCGACAUGUUACAGAACUUCAAACACAUCCGAUCUAGGGCGGCCAUCAAUGCACAGAUGAUGCAGAAGUUCAAAGAUAUUCUAGUGCAGUAUGAAAAAGAGGUGUCAGCUUUAGAUGAGCUUUUCCAACAGCACCGUGAUAAUCCACCUCUUCACAAAAACCAUCCAUCUGUAGCUGGCGCCAUCUUCUGGGAACGGUCUCUGUUCCAUCGUAUCAAACAUACCAUUGUACGAUUCCUUACAAUGGAAGACAUGAUGCAGAGUGAGAUGGGGAAACAUGCACGUGCCAAGUACCUCAGUGUAGCAAAACAGAUGAAGCUGUAUGAGGACCAGAAGUACGAGGCCUGGAAGGAAAACGUGGAACUCGUCCUGCCCUCCCUACUAAAACGAAACCUACUGGUCAAGCCACAACACUCUCAGCUCACACAGCAAGCACAUGAUGACCAUGGCGAAGCAGUAAAGCUACCUAACACAGAAAUUGUGGUAACUGGUACCGAUAACACAAAUCACCAGCUCGUCACAACACAGCCAACCAAUCAGCAGCCAGAACAACCACAGACCGACCAACCAGAGCAGGCUACCAAUAAUGGGAUUCAGAUAAAGUACCUGGUGGACUUUGAUCCGAUGUUGAGUGAAAUUAUCUCUGAGACAAAAUACAUGGAACAGUUGGGAUUCCCAGUCCCAGAGCUGGCUCGUAAUGUGGCACUCCAGGAAGAGAAAUACAUCAAGUAUGUGGAAAAACUAAAGCAUAUGUUGGAGCGUUACCACACACUACUGGCUGCACUUGACACCGCAGAGAGUAAUUUACUAGAGGACCAUAUACGUGACUUACGUCGUGUCAUCAGACCUGGAUCAAAGCGUCUCAACUGGAACUCGCUCGGUAUCAACGACUUUGUCCUCAAAUCUGGAUCUGCUAUUGCCAAAUUUGAGUCCCUGGUGAAUCAAAUUCAGAAGAAUGCCAAAGACAUCAAUCAGAGAUUGGGGAUGAUAGAGAAUGCCAACCUGUACAAAGGGCCAGUACCUAAGUACCCUGACAUGUUACCAAGUUGUAAGGAGUACUAUGAACAUGUUGAGAAGGAACGGAGUAAGGACUUCGAGAUCCUAGCCAGAAAAUACCGUGCUAUUGGGCCACUGCUGACCAAGAUGGAGGGGUUGGUGGUACAUACAAACUCUGGACGUUCACCAAAACUCAGUCAGUAUUAUGCCUACUGGGAACGCAAGGUCUACGACGCACUCAGCAAAUUGAUCAUGAAUAACCUGCAUCGAUUUGAAACGGCCUUGAGAUCAGAUCGGUCGUUAUUCCAAGUUGAGACACUUCUGGCUCCCCCAGAUGUGGUGCUCCAUCCUCAGGCCAACGAGGUCUACAAAUUAACACUCCAGUGUGUCCGCGACUGUGUCGAGGGAACAAAGAUGUUUGUACGCUGGAUGAAUGGAACAUGUAUCGAAACACCACCACAGAAAGUAGAGGGCGAGGAUGAAGCAUAUGUAUUUAGCUUUUUUACGGACAUUUCUGUGAACCCAGAAGUAAUAGACUAUGUACAGGGCAUCCAAAACAACAUCAAAAAUACUCUCACUAACAUGACACGGUACCUCAACAGAUGGAAGAAGUACAGAAGCAUAUGGAAGGUGGACAAGCAAACCAUUGCAGAUAAGUGGUACCAGAAAGGCCCUAGUGUGGUGGCCUUUGAUGACAAACUUCAGUACUACUACAAGACGAUCGAUGAGGUGGAAGGCCUGCCGCUAGUCAAGGAUCAGGAGUGUAUCCGACUCCACAUGGGACCUCUGGCAUCCUCGGUCAAGGACCAUGCCAAACAGUGGAUCUCACACCUCGGGAAGAUUCUCAGGGAUUCCUCUAAAGAGGCCCUCUACAGUCUCCGGGACAAUCUAGAUGAUAAGUCGGACGACCUUGAUUCAACCCCAAGCAGUCUGGAGGACCUCAAGUUUGUGCUGACAACGAUUUCUGAAAUCAAGACAAUGUCAUUAGAAGUGGAGGGUAAGAUCCGUGAUAUCCAAGAGCGGUACCGAACUCUGUCAAUGUAUGACAUAGAAGUGACAGAUGAGGAGAAGGAAAUCCAGCAGAACCUUUCACAAAUCUGGGACGACCUCGUCUGGAAGUCCAAGAACAUUGACGCAAGCCUCUUCAUGGUUAAGAAGAGGUUUACAGAGAUAACACAAGACCAGAUUAAAGACUUUCAGAAAGCCCUUGAGGAAUUUGCUGUUCGCUUUUAUGAAAAGGGCCCUGGAGCUGUGGGCACCAAUCUGGACAAAGGUCUUGAAUUGAUGAAAACGUUCCGUGGAGAGGUAGGAGACUACGAGACUGACCGACAGGAACUAGCCAAUGCUGAAAAACUGUUUGACUUGCCAAUCACCAUGUACCCAGACCUGCUGGAGGUACAGAAACAGAUGAAGGGUUUGGAGAUGGUCUAUGCUUUGUACGAGGAACAAAUGGCUGCGAGAGAGGGAUGGUCAGAAACACUCUGGUCCAACCUCAAUGUCCAAGUUCUACAGGAUGGAAUUGAGGGUUUCCUCAAACAGCUCAGGAAGAUGCCACGAGAUGUCAAAGCUCUACAGGCUGCUCGUGCCCUCGAAUCAAAGAUGAAGGAAUUCCGUGAUUCUCUCCCCCUGUUUGUUGAUCUCAAACACGAAGCACUACGAGAACGCCAUUGGAAGGAACUGAUGAAUAAGACUGGUCAGAAGUUUGACAUCAACCCAGAAACCUUUACUCUGGCUAAUGUGUUCGCUAUGGAGCUGCAGCGUUUCCAGGAAACCAUCAUAGAAAUUGUAACAGCAGCCAGCAAAGAAAUGGGUAUUGAAAAGGGUGUUAAAGAGGUGGAGGAAAUGUGGAGUAGCAUGAAGUUCACCAUUGUCCCAUACAUGAAAGGGACUUCAAACCGUGGCUACAUCUUAGGUGCCAUUGAUGACGUCCUUCAAAACCUGGAUGACAGUGCCAUGAAUCUACAGAGUAUGGCUGCCUCACGUUUCAUUGGUCCAUUUGCAAACUCUGUCCAGAACUGGGAGAAGAGUUUAUCUCUUGUUUCAGAAGUUUUAGAUGUUUGGAUGGUUGUCCAGAGAAAAUGGAUGUAUCUGGAGGGAAUCUUUAUUGGUGGAGACAUCCGCUCACAGCUGCCAGAGGAGGCAAAAAAGUUCGACCAGAUUGAUAGGACCUUCAAAAAGAUCAUGACAGACACUCACAAAACUCCAACCAUCAAGACAGCAUGCCAUGCACCAAACCGCCUCCAGGACCUGGAGAGUCUGAGCAUGGGACUUGAGAAAUGUCAGAAGUCACUGAAUGACUACCUGGACUCCAAACGUAAUGCCUUCCCACGGUUCUUCUUCAUCUCCGACGAUGAACUGCUAAGUAUCCUGGGUAGCAGUGAUGCCAACUGUGUACAGGAACACAUCAUCAAGAUGUACGACAACAUCGCCUCUCUGAGAUUCCAAGAGGGUGGUAGUAAUGAAACCCUAGCUACAGCCAUGAUCUCUGCUGAGGGAGAAGUGAUGGAGUUCCGCACAAACAUUCCCGCAGAAGGUCGCGUAGAAGACUGGAUGACGUCAGUUUUAGAGGAGAUGAGAUCCACCAAUCGUCUUAUCACAAAGGAAGCUGUGUUCUUCUAUGGAGAAGAUGGCAAGAACAGAGUGGACUGGAUGUUAGGAUACCAGGGUAUGAUAUGUCUGGCAGGUAACCAGGUUUGGUGGACGUGGGAAGUUGAGGACACUUUCCGUAAGGUCAAGAAAGGUCAGAAGACUGCCAUGAAGGACUAUGCCAAACAACAACACAAACAAAUCAACGAGGUCGUCGUACAGAUUCGUUCUCCUCUGUCCAAAAAUGAUCGUUCCAAAUUCAACACAGUCCUCAUCAUUGACGUACAUGCCCGUGACAUCAUCGAUGGCUUUGUCCGUGACAGUAUUAUGGACGCCAAGGAGUUUGAGUGGGAGAGUCAAUUGAGAUUUUAUUGGGAGAAAGAGCCAGAUGAACUGGUGGUCAGACAAUGUACAGGAGAGUUUGGCUAUGGGUACGAGUACAUGGGCCUUAAUGGUAGACUGGUCAUUACUCCACUGACCGACAGAAUUUACUUAACUCUCACUCAGGCACUGUCCAUGAACCUGGGUGGUGCUCCAGCUGGGCCAGCCGGUACUGGUAAAACUGAGACGGUCAAGGAUCUGGCCAAGGCUCUUGGUCUACUUUGUGUUGUUACCAACUGUGGAGAAGGCAUGGACUUUAAGGCCGUGGGUAAAAUCUUCUCGGGUCUGUGUCAGUGUGGAGCCUGGGGAUGCUUUGAUGAAUUCAACAGAAUUGAUGUUUCAGUACUGUCUGUCAUUUCCACUCAACUGAAGACAAUCCAGAACGGACUCAUUCUGAAACUCAAAAAGUUCCACUUUGAAGGUCAAGAAAUCAGCCUUGACCUACGAGUUGGAAUCUUCAUCACCAUGAACCCUGGAUAUGCUGGUCGUACUGAGCUACCCGAGUCUGUGAAAGCCUUGUUCCGUCCCGUGGUUGUAAUCGUACCUGAUCUUCAGCAGAUUUGCGAGAUCAUGUUAUUCUCUGAGGGAUUUUUAAUGGCCAAGGUCCUCGCCAAAAAGAUGACUGUGCUGUACAAACUUGCCAAAGAACAGUUGUCGAAACAGUACCAUUACGAUUUCGGUCUGCGUGCCCUGAAGUCUGUUCUCGUCAUGGCUGGAGAACUGAAGAGAAGUUCAGCAGAACUCCCAGAGGAUGUUGUGCUGAUGAGAGCACUGAGAGACAUGAAUCUGCCCAAGUUUGUGUUUGAGGACGUCCCACUGUUCCUCGGUCUCAUUGGUGAUCUGUUCCCUGGGCUGGACUGUCCCCGUGUGCGCUACCCCAACUUUAACGAUGCUGUGGAAGACGUUCUCGCUGACAACGGAUACGUUAUGCUCCCUGUUCAGGUGGACAAAGUGGUACAGCUGUAUGAGACUAUGAUGACGAGACACACAACUAUGAUUGUCGGGCCAACAGGAGGAGGUAAAUCUGUCGUCAUCAACACCUUGGCACAGUCACAGACAAAACUGGGAACCACUACCAAGUUAUUUGUCAUCAAUCCUAAGGAUCGUAGUGUGAUAGAGUUGUACGGUAUCCUUGACCCCGUCACGCGAGACUGGACUGAUGGUCUUCUCUCAAACAUCUUCCGAGACAUCAACAAACCCACCGACAAGAAGGAGCGCAAGUACAUUGUAUUUGAUGGUGAUGUUGACGCCCUGUGGGUGGAAAACAUGAACUCAGUCAUGGACGACAAUCGUCUUUUGACUUUGGCAAACGGUGAAAGAAUUCGUCUACAGAAACAUUGUGCCAUGUUGUUUGAGGUAUUUGACCUGCAAUAUGCCUCCCCUGCUACUGUGUCCAGAUGUGGAAUGGUAUACGUCGAUCCCAAGAACCUCGGCUAUGAACCCUUCUGGACAAAAUGGAUGAACAGUCGACAAAGCAAGCUGGAGAGAGAUGAGAUGAAGAGACUUUAUGAUAAAUAUGUGCCAUCACUGAUAGACAUGGUGGUUGAGGGUGUGUUAGAUGGCCGACAGGGCGACAAGAUGAAGACUAUCAUACCACUGACAAACCUCAACAUGGUGACCCAGCUAAGUAACAUGCUGGAUGCGCUGUUAGUGAAAGAGAACCUGGAGUCAGAUGAGUUGGAGGCCUACUUCCUCCAGGCACUGUACUGGUCAGUUGGUGCUGCUCUCCUGGAGGAUGGUCGCAUCAAGUUUGAUGCCCAAGUCAAGAAUCUGGCUUCCCUCACACAGGUUGUUGAUGAGGGUAAAACACUAGCAGGAUUAGGUGAAAUCCCUACCUCACAGCCUACCCUGUACGAGUACUUCUAUGAUAAUGAGGAGAAGAAGUGGAUAGCAUGGACCAAAAAAGUGCCAACUUAUGUACACGCUCCUGAGAAGAAAUACAAUGAGAUACUUGUGCCGACUGUUGACACAGUCCGUACCACCUGGUUACUGGAACUCAUGGUGGGCAUCAAACAUCCUGUCGUUUUGAUUGGUGAAACUGGAACCUCGAAGUCUGCUACCACUGCCAACUUCCUCCGUACUAUGGACUCAGAAACACAUUUGUUACUGAACAUGAACUUCUCCAGUCGUACAACUUCACUUGAUGUGCAGCGAAACUUGGAGGCGAAUGUAGAAAAGAGAACCAAGGACACGUAUGGCCCUCCACCGGGCAAGAGGCUGCUUAUCUUUAUUGAUGACAUGAACAUGCCCCAGGUGGACACAUAUGGUACCCAGCAACCCAUUGCACUUUUGAAACUCCUACUUGAGAGAGGAGGCUGCUAUGACAGAGGCAAAGAUCUCAACUGGAAGAACAUGAAGGAUAUAGGCUACAUUGCAGCCAUGGGUAUCGCUGGUGGUGGUCGUAACGAGACCGAUCCCAGAUUUGUCUCCCUUUUCUGCGUGUUCAAUAUGACAUUCCCUUCGGAUGAGUCACUCUACCUUAUCUACAAUUCCAUCCUCUCUGGUCACUGUCAGCCUUUCGCCAAGGAAAUCCAAGACUGUGUGUCCACUAUCACAAAGAUGACCAUGAGUCUUUACAGUUCUGUGGUGAAGGACCUGCCCCCAACUCCGUCCAAGUUCCAUUACAUCUUUAACCUGCGUGACUUAUCACGUAUCUAUCAGGGACUGUGCCUCACUACACCUGACCGCUUCAGCAAACCAGACAAAUUUGUCCGUGUCUGGAGGAACGAGUGCAUGAGAGUCAUUUCAGACAGACUUAUCAACGACACAGACAAAACCAAUGUCAUGAAAACACUACAGAUACUUGUAGAAGAUAAUUAUAAGAACUACCUGGACAUGGUCAUGAAAGACCCAAUCUUGUUUGGAGAUUAUCGCACAGCUUUGGAGGAUAGUGAGCCACGACUGUACGAAGAUAUACAGGACUACGAUGCAUCACAGGCACUCUUUAAGGAGAUUUUGGAGGAAUACAAUGAAAAUUACACCCCAAUGAGACUUGUACUUUUUGAGGAUGCGUUGGAGCAUUUGACCCGUGUGCACCGUGUAAUUCGUAUGGACAAUGGUCACGCCCUACUGGUGGGUGUAGGUGGCAGUGGCAAACAGAGUCUGUGUAAGCUCGCCUCGUACACAGCUGGGUGUGAGGUGUUCGAGAUAACACUCAGUCGAGGCUACAAUGAGCAGUCAUUCCGAGAGGACUUGAAGGUUCUCUAUAACAAACUCGGCAUUGAGAACAAGAAAACUGUGUUCCUAUUUACUGAUCAACAUGUGGUAGAGGAUGGCUUCCUCGAACUCAUCAACAACAUGCUCACUUCUGGCAUGGUGCCGGCCCUCUACCUGGACGAGGAGAAGGAGGCCAUUAUAGGACAGGUACGUAAUGAAGCUAUUGCUGCGGGUUGUCCUCACGCCCGUGAGAUGGUCUGGCAGUUCUUUGUGAACAAGUGUGCCAACAACCUCCAUGUUGUCCUUGCUAUGUCUCCUGUCGGUGAUGCUCUUAGGACUCGCUGUAGGAACUUCCCAGGUAUGGUGAACUGUGCCAACAUUGAUUGGUUCUUCCCGUGGCCAGAACAGGCCCUGUUAGCUGUGGCCAGUGUCUUCAUAGCACCAGAUAAUACACUUAUCCCUGAUGGAAACCGAGAGAAUGUUGUUAGCCACAUUGUGCUUGUCCACCAGAGUGUUGGAGAGUACAGCAAAAAAUUCCAGCAGCGUCUCCGGCGUAAUAACUACGUAACACCCAAAAACUACCUUGACUUCAUCAACACAUACCUCCGAUUGUUAGAUGAAAAAGACAAGUACAUUCUAGCACAGUGUGACCGUCUCUCUGGUGGGCUACAAAAAAUUGCUGAGGCAAGUGAACAGCUAGCAGUUCUAAACGACCGACUUGCCGUUCAGAAAGUGGCUGUUACAGAGAAAACCCAGUCUUGUGAGACCAUGUUGGCAGAGAUAUCGAAGAAUUCAACCAUGGCCACAGAGAAGAAACAGUUGGCUGAGGCCAAAGGAAAGGAAAUUGCUGAACAGAGUAUUGUGAUUGUCAAGGAAAAGGGAGAAGCAGAGGAAGCCCUAGCCGAGGCUUUGCCAGCUCUUGAGGCUGCCCGUCUAGCUCUAGAAGACUUGGACAAGAGUGACGUCACAGAAAUCAGAUCAUUCUCAAAACCUCCGCCAGAAGUACAGCGGGUGUGUGAGUGUAUUGUGGUGAUGAGGGGGAUCAAAGAGGUAUCUUGGAAGUCUGCUCGAGGCAUGAUGGCUGAGGCCAAUUUCCUCAAAUCGCUCACAGAGAUGGAUGUGGAUGCCAUAUCUACCAGACAGACACAGGCUGUAAAAGGUCUGAUGAGUGACAAGACUAUGAGUCUAACAUUGGAUGCCAUGAAAAACAUCAGUAAGGCUGGUGCUGGUCUACUCAAGUUUGUGGAGGCUGUAAUGGGCUACUGUGUGGUUGCCAGGGAAAUCAAACCUAAGAGGGACAAGGUAGCAAAACUGGAAAGAAGCUAUCACCAGGCCAAGCGUGACCUUGACAAAAUCAACAAUGAGGUGUCCUCCCUUGAGAAGGAGCUGGAUGACCUCAGCAAGAAGUACGAAGAGGCUAUGUCGGAGAAACAGAAGCUUGAGGAAGAGGCGGCUAUCAUGGAACGUCGGCUCAUUGCAGCUGACAAACUCAUAUCUGGUCUCGGACACGAAAAUAUUAGAUGGACUAAUGACCUUGAGGAACUUAAAAAGAAGCGUGUCAAGUUGCUAGGUGAUUGUCUGCUGGGUUCAGCCUUUCUGAGCUAUGUUGGCGCCUUUAGUUGGGAGUACCGUAGUGACCUUGUGUACCAGGUGUGGGAGAAAGACCUUCAUGCCAGAGAAAUCCCCAUCAGUGAGCCAUAUAAACUGGAGGAACUGCUAACUAAUGAUGUUGAAAUCAGCAAGUGGACAUCUGAAGGCCUACCUCCUGAUGAGUUGUCUAUUCAGAACGGUAUACUGACCACACGUGCAAGCCGCUUCCCAAUGUGUAUCGACCCCCAACAACAGGCUCUAAAGUGGAUUAUGCACAAGGAGGAACAAAACAAUCUAAAGGUGUGUACAUUCAACGACAAUGAUUUCUUGAAGCAGCUUGAGUUAGCCAUCAAAUAUGGCUUCCCCUUCCUGUUUAAAGAUGUUGAUGAGUAUAUUGACCCUGUUAUUGACAACGUCCUGGAGAAAAACAUCAAAGGUGGACAGGGGCGCGAGUUUGUCAUCUUGGGAGAUAAAGAAGUGGACUAUGACCCUAACUUCCGCCUCUAUCUCAACACCAAACUGGCCAACCCCAAAUAUUCUCCCAAUGUCUUCGGCAAGUCCAUGGUCAUUAACUACACUGUCACUCUCAAGGGACUGGAGGACCAGUUGUUGAGUGUCAUUGUAAAGUUUGAGCGUCGUGAGCUUGAGGAGCAGAGGGAACGCUUGAUCCAGGAGACCAGUGUCAACAAGAAGCUGCUGAAGGAUCUAGAGGAUGCUUUACUCAGAGAGCUGGCCCAGUCUCAGGGCAACAUGUUGGACAAUGUGGAGCUCAUCGAAACUCUGGAAGAGACCAAAACCAAGGCCACUGAGGUGUCGGAGAAGCUGAAGCUUGGAGCCAAGACGGCCAUUGACAUUGAUAAGUUACGUGAUGGAUACAGACCUGCAGCGAGACGUGGAGCCAUUUUGUUUUUCAUUUUGGCUGAAAUGUCUUCCAUCAACACUAUGUACCAGUAUUCCCUAGCCUCUUACCUAGAGGUGUUCGAGUAUUCUCUGAAGAAGUCUAUGCCUGACAGUAUCCUACAGAAACGUCUACGGAACAUCAUGGACACCCUCACACAUAACAUGUACAACUACGGCUGUACUGGUAUCUUUGAGAAACACAAAUUGAUGUUCUCCUUCCAGAUCACCAUCAAACUGGAGCAGGACAGAAGUAAGGUGACUCAGGCUGAGCUCGACUUCUUCAUCAAGGGUAACAUAGCUUUGGAGAAGAGUAAGAGGAAGCGUCCGUUUGGUUGGUUCCCUGAGGAAGGAUGGGAGGACUGUAUCCGAUUAACUGAAGUCUUACCUGAUAAGUUUGGCAGUCUUCUAGAAGACAUUGAGAGAAAUGAACAAGUCUGGAAGAAGUGGUAUGACCAUGACACUCCCGAGUCCCAGCCUUUCCCGCUCAAGUAUGUGGACUCCCUGUCGGACUUCCAGAAGCUUACAUUGCUCAGAUGUUUCCGUGUUGACCGUAUUUACCGUUCUGUGGAGGAGUAUGUCACCAAGGUGAUGGGAGAGAAAUAUGUCACUCCUCCCAUCAUCAGUUUUGAAGCCAUCUUUGAGCAGAGUACUCCCAUGUCUCCAAUCGUCUUCAUCCUCAGUCCAGGAUCUGAUCCUGCUAGUGACCUCAUGAAACUGGCUGAAAGGAUCGAGUUUGGCACCAACAAAAUCAAGUUCCUGUCCAUGGGUCAAGGUCAAGAAAAGGUGGCACUGCAAUACCUGGAGACUGCAAUUGCCCGUGGUCAAUGGCUCAUGUUGCAGAACUGCCACUUACUUGUCAAGUGGCUCAAGGAACUGGAAAAGCAGCUGGAAAGACUGACCAAACCUCACCCUGACUUCCGUCUGUGGCUGACCACUGAACCAACACCCAGUUUCCCCAUUGGCAUCUUACAGAGGUCACUAAAGGUUGUAACAGAACCACCUAAUGGACUCAAGUUGAACCUGCGUGGUACCUACCAUAAGAUUUCUGCAGUUGCUCUAUCGGAGUGCCCCAACCCUGCCUUCCCAGCCCUUGUGUUUGUACUUGCAUUCUUCCAUGCCGUCGUACAGGAGAGGAGAAAGUACGGCAAAAUUGGCUGGAACAUAGCAUAUGACUUCAACGAGUCUGACUUCCGUGUGUGUAUGCAGAUCCUUAACACAUAUCUCACCAAAGCUGAGGAACAGGGAGAAACAAAGAUACCAUGGAACAGUCUGAAGUAUCUUAUUGGAGAGGUGAUGUACGGAGGCAGAGCCAUCGACAACUUUGAUCGUCGUGUAUUGAGCACCUACAUGGAUGAGUAUAUGGGAGAUUUCAUCUUCGACACAUUCCAGCCGUUCCACUUCUACUGCAAUGAAGAGGUUGAUUAUAGGAUCCCUGAUGAUGGCCUUCGUGAUGUAUAUGUUGAUUACAUUGAAGAUCUACCCCAUGCUAACACACCUGAAGUGUUUGGUCUCCACCCGAAUGCUGAGAUUGGAUAUUACACACAGGCUGCCAGAGACAUGUGGGCACAUCUCAUUGAACUUCAGCCCCAGACCGGUGACACCUCUGGAGGAAUCAGUCGAGAAGAGUUUAUUGACAAGAUUGCACAGGAGGUGCUCGGUAAGCUGCCACAGGAGUUUGAGAUGGACAAGAUCAAAAAGAAAUAUGGUCUUGAUAUCUCUCCCACAACCAUAGUGCUGCUACAGGAAUUGGAUCGCUUCAACCUCCUCAUCAACAUCAUGAGGAGGUCAUUAUCAACUCUGAGGAAGGCUCUGAUUGGAGAGGUGGGAAUGAGUAGUGAGCUGGAUGAUGUUGCCCGUGCCUUAUUUAAUGGUAUGAUCCCAUCUAUUUGGAGACGUUUGGCACCAGUCACUCUCAAGUCUCUUGGAAACUGGAUGCUCCACUUUGAGAGAAGAUUCAAACUCUACAAUGGCUGGGUAAAUGAAGGAGAGCCGGGUGUGAUGUGGCUAUCUGGACUACACAUUCCUGAAUCCUACCUGACUGCUCUUGUCCAGGCCACCUGUCGUAAGAAUGGCUGGCCACUGGACAAAUCCACGCUUUAUACCACGGUCACUCAGUGGUCAUCUGCAGAAGAUGUCACAGAGCGUGCUCAUCAAGGUUGCUUUGUGGAUGGUCUGUAUCUAGAAGGAGGAGCCUGGAAUAAAGAGGAAAGCUGCAUCAUCCGACAGAAUCCCAAACAGCUCAUCCAGGAAUUACCUGUCCUCAAGAUCAUCCCCAUAGAAUCCCAUCGAUUGAAGCUUCAGAAUACAUUCAGGACGCCUGUGUAUGUGACCUCACAGAGAAGAAAUGCCAUGGGAGUUGGUUUGGUGUUUGAAGCUGAUCUCGCAACCACAGAACAUAUUAGUCAUUGGUCAUUACAGGGUGUUUGUCUCAUCCUCAACACCGACUAAUAAGGACUCAAAGGACUGUUGCUUCAGGGUGACAACCCGUUAUCAAAGACAACUUAAACUUCUGAACUAAAAGUUAUCACACAAAAAUGAUUAAGUGAUGUGAUGUUCUAUGGUAUCUGAAAUUUGAAAUCAUCCGUGAUGUGCAAUCUGAAGAAACAAAACAAGAAAGUUCUUAUGUUACAGUAUUAUGACAUCGACAUCAAGUCUGAAUUUUGAAAUUUGACAUUUUAUCUUUGCUUUUUGUCACAUCAAUAACACAAUCUUUGAAUUUUUGAAUAUAUGAUAUAUAUGCUGCAUAAUACGUUGGGAAAUAUUGUACCUGUCUGUAUACAGUUGUAGAUACCUAAUAUAUGAACUUAAUCAAAUUCUUAACACCCUCCAGUAUUUGUAAUAAAAGAAAUCCGUCCAAACAUUUCUGCCAGUUAUAUGACAUAGGCUUGUAUGUAUAUUUUAUGUAUCAAUACGUGACACUUUAAUAAACAUAUCUGAAUCUGAA